AUGCAACGAUUGAAUUCAAUAAAUGAUAGAAAUGAAAAACAACAACGACGACAACGAUCACAAAUUGGAAGUCAAUUACCUGAAGAAUUUUAUGAUUACCUUGAUCAGCGAAAUUUGAUACGUAACGAUCGUUUCCUGAAACGUUUCGGUAAACGAUUAUUCAGUGUUUUUCGACGACCAUUAUUAAGACGUAAUCGAUCAAACGUUACAUUAUUCGAUUCAGAGAUUGAUUCAAAUUUCUCAUUAGCAACUGUAACACCUAAACGUGCAUUCUCAUUGCUCAGUCAACGAACAUUGUUAUCAAGAAAGAGCAAUCGAAACGGAGAAAAUUUUUACAUGGAAGGUUUGAAAUUGACUAAUAAAUUGCGUUCGGAGAAACUUGAUGCAAAUGGUGAUAGUAUAUUAUUGAAUGGUGAAGAGACAAUAAUAAUAAAAUUAGAGAAAGAAAAUGGUGAAUUUGGUUUCAACAUUGUUGGCGGUAUCGAUCAGGAAUAUAUUCCGGGUGAUUCUGGCAUAUUCAUUUCAAGAAUUCAAAAUGGUGGUUCAGCUGCGCGUGAUAAAAGACUAAAGAUCGGUGAUCGUAUCAUUUCGGUAAAUGGUAUACUACUUGCUGAUAAAACACAUAAUGAUGCUGUACAGAUUUUGCAAAAUACUAAGAGUUCUGCAGUGCUCAUGAUUGAACAGAAUGCUGAGUCACGAAUUUUGAAUAAACCAACAGAACUUUCGGGUGUUUCAAGUUCAGACGAAAGUACGUUAUCGUUGAAAAGUGAACAAAGGAGUUUACCUUCCAACCAAUUUUCAAUUAUGUCGUCCAAGUCCAUGAAUACGUACAUGUCGCAAAUUGUGCCAGAAUCAGCUGGAAUAGACGAGACGAAAAACUCAUUGUCAUCAUCUAACGAAGUGGUAUAUUUGGCAUCAAAUUCAACAGAUAAUUAUCCUGAUGACAAAGACAUGACGAAAAAUGAUGCAGAAAACCAAAAUGAAAUUUCAGUGGAACAUAAACAAAUGUUGGAUACUGGUUCAGUUACAACGGUGUCACUACUUACACCAUUAAAUAAUGAAACAGCAAAGACGAUCGAUGAAAGAAGCAAUGGACUCAUUUCACUGAGUAAUAAUGAUGAUGAUUAUGAUUAUGAAGAUGAAAGUGCGUUAACAUCGUGUGGUCAUUCAAGUUCUGUUAUAGAUGACGUUCCAGUCACACCUAAAAGGCCGUACAGAUUGCUAGAUCCAUCAAACCCGUCUAUAUUCAACGAAGUGCUAGCUGUUACGGUUGGUAUUGCAGCACUGGGAGCUGGCAUAUAUGUAGUGUACAAAUUUAUUGCUCAUCGAUCUUCUCCGUGA